GAGCACUUCCGGUUGAUGUAUUUUCAUGAGCAACAAAGCAAAAAAGUUGAUAUUUUCAUGAUGGAAUUGCUGCAGAUAUGAGCUAAAAUGGAUAAUGCCUGUACAGACCUUGCAGCGUCCGAAGAGGAGGACACGGAGGUCUUUUGUCUGAUGCGAGUGGGCAAAAGUUCAGAUUGGCUCCGGUUGUUCGAAAACUCAGAGGUCACCAUUGGACGUGGAGCAGAUGUUACCUACCAGCUCUUGUCUCCCAGCUGUCCUCUGAUGAUCUCUAGACUGCAUUGUUCUUUUAAACAGCGAGAAGAUGGACAGUGGACAGUGACAGACAGAAAGAGCCUGAAUGGAGUGUGGGUGAACCAUUGCCGAUUAGCUGCUGAGAAGGCUCACCUGAUCAUGCCCGGAGACUCUAUCCAGCUUGGUGUCGCUGUUACUGGGAAUGAUGUAGAGUUUGACUACACUUUGGUUCAUAGACCUCUAAAAGACAUUAAAUCCGUUCUGGCAAAACCGUACAGCGAUACAGGGACUAAAGCUGCCCACAUAUUUAAAAAGCCCAAGAGGAAAAUGACAGAAGAGAUGGAGCCAUCUACGUCUUCCAAGCCCAAACUGUACCGCUGUUCUGGGACAGAUAAGUCUACAGCACGGUCCUGUCCGCUUCCUCCAACAGAAGCACAGCAGCAGUGCCAAAACAUAAAAAUCACUGAUGUCAGAACAGAAGCGACACCAGGGGAUAUGGACAAUUUACAAAUGUUCAGCCAGAACAUUCUGAUGCUGAGGGAGCAGGUGGACAGCACAGAGAGGCAGGUGGCUUCACUGGAGAGCCAACCCAGACAGAACACCCACUUAAGGGAGGAGCAGGUCCGAGAGCUACAGAAUCAACUGGAGAUGCUCCGAGCCAAAAUGGACAAGAUGAAGACACUUGAGAAAUCUUUUAAUAAAGCUAAAAGACAGUUAGAGGACCAGAAAACGCAGCAACAAGAAGAACAUUUGAAAAAACAACUAGAAGAUGCCUUACAGGAACAAAAGAAAGUAAUAGAUGAACUUGCUAUGUCCCGACAAGGCUUUGAGGAGAUGCUUCUGGCCAAAAAUAAAGAGCUGGAACUGACAAAGGAGGAGAAGGAGAAGGCAAGGGCUCAAAAGGAGGAGGUGGUGACUCAGGUGACAGAGGUCCUGGAGAAUGAACUGCAGUGUAUCAUCUGCUCAGAGCUCUUCAUAGAGGCGGUGAUCCUAAACUGCGCUCAUGGUUUCUGCCGCCACUGCAUCCAACAGUGGCGCAAGAAGAAAGACGAGUGUCCCAUCUGCAGACAGGCUAUCCAGUCUCAGACACGCUGCCUCGCCUUGGACAACUGCAUUGACCGUAUGGUGGAGAACCUGAGCCUCGAGAUGAAGACCAGAAGAGAGGAGCUGGUCAAUGAGAGGAAAGGUGAGAGGAGUCAUAGUGCCCCCCACAGAGGUGAUGGUAAUCCCAGAUGAAGACAGCAGUGUGACCAAUGAAGCGGGAGGCCAAGGUGAAGUGGAGGACCCGGUGCUUGUGGGCAGCAGUCCCAGCUCCUCUGUCCUGUCUGUGCACUCAGAACCCGACCUGGGCUACAGCCAAUCUUCUGUGGUAGUUUUUUUGGAGGAUUAGCCAUGGUUUACAAGCACUAUAGAAGAGAUAUGACAGUGUACUACACAAAUGUGACAGGGGAUCAUUUUGGUCUCCAAGAAAAAGGGUUGUGUUCAUAAUUUAUCUGUUUUGCUAUUAUUGCAAAUAAAGUUUUUUUUCAUGUAAGUUUUCAUACGUUUUGUUCUAUGUUCUGCACUUAAAUUAAAUUGAAACCAAAAUCUUUU